CCAUGACUUUCUCGGCCGAACGCGUCAUCCGUCCAGGCUAUAACCCACCCCGCGCCCCAGACGAAUUUGCGACUGCGUGGAAGAACAGUCCCCAAUACAGGGCCUUGCUCUCAGAGAUUGACGAGUACAAAAAGCAGCAUCCUUUUGACGGCCCUGACGCAGAGACUUUUCGACAUCUCAAGAAGGCACAUCAGGCCAAGGGUCAACGAGUGAAGUCGCCUUACACCCUGACAUACUCUCAACAGGUCCAGCUUUGUAUUUGGCGUGGAUUUCGAAGACUCAAAGCCGAUCCCUCACUGACACUUACCAUGGGGAUUGGAAACACGGUCAUGGCGCUGAUUAUCUCGUCCUUGUACUUCAACUUGAGCACCAACACGAAUUCCUUCUACGGCCGCGCUGUUGUUCUCUUCGUGGCCAUCCUAUUCAACGCCUUUGCCUCCAUGCUCGAAAUCUUAACGCUGUACGCUCAACGACCAAUAGUGGAAAAGCAAACCCGCUACGCUUUUUACCACCCUUCUGCUGAGUCAUAUGCUUCCGUCCUGGUCGAUCUGCCUGCGAAGAUAGUCAGCUGCAUCUGCUUCAACAUUGUUUUCUACUUCAUGACCAACCUCAAUCGGGAGCCGGGAGCCUUCUUCUACUAUCUCCUUGUCACAUUCCUCAUUGUUAUGGCCAUGUCUGGUGUCUUUAGAUCUGUCGCCUCAGUGUCACGCACAGAGCAGCAAGCCAUGGUUCCCGGCGCAGUUCUAAUGCUGGCCCUGCUCAUUUUUACUGGUUUUGUUGUCCCGGUCGACUAUAUGCCAGGAUGGUGUCGGUGGAUCAAUUAUCUGGAUCCCGUGGCUUACGGCUACGAAUCGCUUAUGAUCAACGAGUUCCACGGCCGCAACUUUACCUGCUCUACCUAUAUUCCCGACUAUGCCGAUGCUGCUGCGAAAAACAUAGCUUGCGACGCUAUUGGAGCCAAUCCUGGCCAGUCCUAUGUGAACGGAGACUAUUACAUCAGUUCGGCGUACAGAUAUGAGCACAGCCACAAAUGGCGCAACGUGGGCAUAAUAGUGGCCAUGGUGAUAUUCAACCACCUUGUGUACUUCAUCGGUAGCGAGUAUGUGACGGCCAAGAAGUCCAAGGGUGAAGUGCUGGUCUUUCGCCGGGGUUUCGUUCCGGGAUCAUCGAUUAAAGGUAUUAAGAAUGAUGUCGAGAAGUCGCUCUCUGGCCCUGUGCCCGUAGUGGCAAACGCAGAUAGGCACAUCUCCGGUGAUGAGAAGGGAACCUUUCGCGGCUCCACAAGCGUCUUCCAUUGGAACAACGUGUGCUACGACAUCAAGAUCAAGAAGAAAACUCGGCGUCUUUUGGACAACGUCGAUGGAUGGGUCAAACCGGGCACGCUGACUGCCUUGGUGGGCGUCUCCGGAGCUGGCAAGACAACUCUGCUUGAUUGUUUGGCCGACCGUCGCACGGGAGUGGGUGUCCUCACAGGCGAGAUGUUGGUAGAUGGCAAGAUUCGUGAUGAGAGCUUCCAGCGGAAAACCGGCUAUGCUCAGCAGCAAGAUUUGCAUCUCGAGACUAGUACUGUCCGGGAGGCACUCAAAUUCUCAGCACUUCUUCGCCAGCCGGCCAGCAUCCCGAAGGACGAAAAGUUGGCUUACGUGGACGAAGUCAUCAAGCUGCUGGAUAUGCAAGAGUAUGCCGACGCCGUCGUUGGCGUACUAGGUGAAGGUCUUAACGUCGAACAACGCAAGCGCUUGACCAUUGGUGUCGAGUUGGCUGCAAAACCGCCGCUCCUACUUUUUGUUGAUGAGCCGACCUCGGGCCUUGACUCUCAAACCAGCUGGGCUAUCCUAGACUUACUGGAGAAGCUCUCCAAAGUCGGCCAGUCCAUCCUCUGUACCAUCCAUCAACCCUCGGCAAUGCUGUUUCAACGCUUCGACCGCCUGCUCCUACUCCAGGAGGGUGGUCAAACGGUCUACUUUGGUGAGAUUGGCGACAACUCCGAGACUCUGACCGAUUACUUCGAACGCAAUGGUGCAUCACCGUGCCCGCCCGGCGCCAACCCAGCAGAAUGGAUGCUUGAAGCCAUCGGCGCGGCACCAGGCAGUUCCUCCGAAACCGACUGGCACCACACCUGGCGUUCAAGUCCCGAGUACCAGGCCGUCCAGAACGAACUCGCUCGUCUCCGCGCACUAGGUGCCGAGGGGCCAUCCGUAGAGGAGAAACAUGACCUCGCCUCAUACCGCGAAUUCGCUGCGCCACUCUGGCAACAAUUCCUCGUCGUCACGGAGCGGGUCUUCCAACAGUACUGGCGCACACCUACCUACAUCUACUCCAAAAUCUCUCUGUGCAUCACGGCCAGCUUAUUCGUCGGAUUGGUGUUUGUCAACGCCCCCCUGUCCAUCCAAGGCCUCCAGAAUCAAAUGUUCGCCAUCUUCGAACUAUCCAGUAUUUUCGGGCAACUGGUCGAACAGCAGAUGCCGCACUUCGUCACACAGCGCUCGCUGUACGAAGUUCGCGAACGCCCUGCCAAAACAUACUCCUGGAAAAUCUUCAUGCUUAGCCAGAUCAUGGCCGAAAUCCCCUGGAACACACUCGCCUCGGUCUUCACGUGGGCAUUCAUAUACUACCCCGUGGGCUUCUACAAGAACGCCGAUGCCGCGGGCCAAGGCACGGAGAGGGGUGUGCUGAUGUGGCUUUUGUUCUGGGUGUUCAUGCUCUUCGCCUGCACGUUCGCACACAUGUGUAUAUCUUUUGCCGACACAGCGGACGAGGGUGGCAACAACGCCAACUUUCUGUUCAUCUUGAUCUUCUUCUUCAGCGGCGUCCUGGCCACGAAAGACCAGAUGCCGGAAUUCUGGGUCUUCCUGUACCGUGUCUCCCCACUGUCGUACUGGAUUUCGGCGGUCUUGUCAACCGGCCUGGCGAACGUCGACGUGACAUGUGCCAGCAACGAGUACAUCACGCUGAACCCACCUGACGGGCAGGCCUGCGGUGAGUAUAUGGCCGACUACAUCACCCGGGCCGGUGGGUAUCUGUUGGAUCCUUCGACAACGAGUGACUGCAAGUUCUGCAAGAUCAAGGAGACGAAUGUGUACCUGGCGGGCAUCAGUUCACAUUAUGAGGACCGAUGGCGCAAUUUUGGGCUCAUGUGGGUCUACAUUGCGUUCAACAUCGCGGCCGCUUUGACUUUGUACUGGCUUGUGAGGAUGCCGAAGGGCAAGAGAAAGUUGUAGGAGGGGAGUACCUGGGCGACGGUGGUUUGGUGAGGAUGCCGAAGGGGAAGCAGCAGAUAUGCAGCGUCCACAAUGUGUGAAGGACUGGCUUGUGGCAUAUCUACUGAUCAUUGUCGGUUCUGGGAACUUCGUUAUUCGGUGUAUAUAUUAUCUUUGGUAUUGGUAUUGCUAGACUCCAC